CCGUUCAGUUACUUCGAACGUCUGCUACCAUCAACUUGUCUUGCAUCCGGAAAAAGUCACAGUGACAACUUUUACUUGUGUGCGAGGAGGAGGAGGAAAAAAACUGGUGAAGCAUUGACCGCAAAUGCACCUCCACCGCCAUCACCAACACCACAACUACUCAAAGCAGCGCUGUGACUGUGUGUUCAACUGAAAAUAAGCAAACACAAAAUAAAGUUAUUCAACAUCAAAAACUACUUAAAUAAUAAAUUAAACAUAACAGUGUUUAAAGCAAGCAAUUUUCGUAGAAAAAUAAAACCAACAAAAACAACAAGAUGUAAAAAAGCAUAAGGAGAGCAGAGUAACAACCGCAACACGCGCCUGGUGACUGAGCUUUGGUCUACGUGCACAUAAGAGCGUGAAAUAAACGCAGUAUCGUUGGAUGGAUCAUGGUUUGCAUACUGCACGGAUAUUACAAUGUUCAUCCAAAAAUGCGAUUCAGUCUCUCACCACCACCACCCCAACCACAAACCAAGUCCGCCUCCGUCAUAAUAUCGCCCACCACCAUCACCAACACCAUCCGCACCAAUAUGCAGCAAGCCAGCAAUUACGCACAAAGCAACUGCAACGUCCCACGUGCUACCGGCGUUGGUGGCCGAAGUGAUGAUGAUAUUUCGCCUGCUACAGCCACCAUCACUGCAACUGCCGUUGCUGUUGGGCCAUUGACUAAGCGUGUGGAGGACGACGAAGAGGCUGCUUCGGACUACAAUCAAUGGCUGCAUGCAAUGAAGCUGGUUGCACGUUUGCCUGGUGGCAUGCCACCGGAAUUUAGACGAAAGUUGUGGCUAUCGCUGGCGGAUAAAUAUUUGAAAUCGAAAAAUGUUGACUGGUCCAAAGAGGAGGAGAAGUGCUUUUGUGAGAAGUGGCGCGAGGAUGACGAGGAGUUGGGCAUUCAAAUUGUUAAGGACUUACAUCGGACUGGCUCGAAUCUAUGUACUGGGCCAGCUGGCUCGAUUAAUCAGGCCAAAUUGAAGCGCAUACUUUUAGGGUACGCGCGCUACAAUCCCGAAGUUGGCUACUGUCAGGGUUUCAAUAUGCUUGGCGCACUAAUCCUACAAGUUAUGGAGAAGGAGGAAGCCGAAUCUAUGAAAGUCAUGAUUUACUUGGUUGAGGGUGUCUUACCACCUGGCUAUUUUCACGGUUCUAUGGGUGGCCUACAAGCUGAUAUGGCUGUAUUUCGUGAAUUAAUGCAGACGAAAUUGCCACGCUUGGCAAAGCAUUUACAAAAGCUGCAGGGACCCAGCGAGAAUGCCUUCGAGCCGCCACUUACGAAUGUCUUCACAAUGCAAUGGUUUCUAACGAUGUUUUGCACUUGCCUGCCCAUGACGUGCGUGCUACGUGUGUGGGAUCUUGUGCUGAUAGAAGGCAGUGACGUGCUGUUGCGUACUGCUUUGGUACUCUGGAGCCUGUUGGAAGAUCGCGUGUUGAACACACGCACAGCAGAUGACUUUUAUGGCAAAAUGGGUUCUUUUUCAAGUGAAUUGCUCAAUGGUCAUCUUAUUGAUUCGAAUGGUUUGAUUGAGAAAGUUGUGCAACUUGGUCCGAUACCAGAUAUACAGCGCUUGCGGGACAAGCACCUCUACAACAUCACACCACUGCGCCACAAGCAGGGAUUACAAUUCUACUACGAUGAUGAGGAGCCCGGUUCCGAUGAGGAGUCUCGGCUCGCUGUUGCCACGGUUUGGGGUAUGCCUUGGGGUCGCCGUGGUUCACAGGGUCACACCGUUGCCGGCGGUGCGAAUAAGCAAGUAACGGAGAACAAAGACCGCCUCGCAUUAGACAUUUCUUUGUUGAAGAAGCAAUACGAUCGCUUACGUGAACGUCAACGUCAAGCGCACAUCAUUCUAACGACCGCUUGCUCUACAGCACGUCAGAGUACCACCCCUUCCAGUCAGCCCACUCAGUCGGUCACUGUAAAUCAGCUCCUCAUGGGACGUCCUGCUAUUGUUACGAAUAAGGGUAGACGUAUUGGGCCGCCGCCAGGCGCUAUACCGCCCGCACGCAAGCCAUCACUACCUACUGUGCUCCACUCAAGACCACCCGAGCGACAAUUACGUCGUGGUGAAACCUUACAUUGGCGCGAUGCCGAUAUAAGCAAACGUCGCAGAGAUAGUCUCUCUUGGAAGGAGAUUAAGGCGGAUCGCGCUAGUCUGUUGCGCGAAGGCACUGACUCCCUGCCGAAGUCCCAGAAAAUACGCUCGCGCAUGGGUAAAAGUGAUUCGUCGUCAUACAGUGAGGAGAGUGAUGACAAUGAAGGUGGUGAUGAUGGUAAUGAUGGCUCGAGUACGGAUACGAGUCUCUGCGAUGAUGACGAUCCCAAUUCGGGCGCUGAUAAAACUCAUUCCUCUUCAAUUGAGAACAGCCCCAAGCGCAGAUCAAAAUCAUCACGCAAAGCGAAAGAGCAUGCCGCGAAGUUGGAAGUUCUGCCAGAGCCCAGCGAAAGUGAGAAGGAGCGCAGACGACCAAAAUCAUGGGCACCUUCAUCAACUGAGAUUCCAUUUAUGCUCAUGACUUCGGACUCGCCAACUUUCAGUGGUGACGAGCAAAAAUCUGCGCGCUCCCACCGUUUCGAAGAAUUAAUUAAGGAGGAGGAAGACAGUUCAACGGAAUGUGAUCGUCUUGCCUGUAAAGGUGGCGCGUCUACGACGUUAGAGUGGUCCGAUACUAAAUACUCUACGAUAGCUGGUGAUCUGGCUACCACAAAGCUAGACUCAUUGCACAUCGAAACAGAUGUACUGGAGCUACCUGUGAUAACAAGCACAAGUCAACUUUCGCCCAUGCCAGACAUUGCGGCGUUUCUCAACAGUUCCAACAUCAGCCCCUUACCGACACCGAAACCAUUAUUCCUCGACUCAACAAACUCACUCGGUAGUGGCGAUGAUGGUGAAGAAGGGAGAAGGUUUGCUGUCAACGAUGAUGGAGUGACAAAUCAGUACUUCGAACGUGUCAACAGCGUAGAACGGCCAACCAAAUUGGAUUUGUUUUAUUCGCUCAACGAAGAAGAUGGCAUACGAAGAGAAGACGACGCAAAACCUUCAGAGUCAAAAAGUGCAGAAAAUGACAGUAGAGUCCAUGACGCUGAUGGCAACACAGACGAUGCCUGUGCAAAGCAGCGUCAAGCGCAAGGCAAAGUUGGUGGUAAAGAGACAAUCGAAGAACCGGAUAAAGACUCCGACAGGCAUAUGGAAUUAUUAAAUGACUACUCUGAAAAAUCCUCAGCGGCAUUUAUCGCUGAAGCAACCACAGAACUUACGACAAGUUUAAGACAGGAGAAGGCGAAGGAAACGAGUGAGGUUUAUGAAUCUUCAAAAAAAACGUAUGUUAAGCCAAAUGAGAAUGACACCACUCGUACCGCACUUAGAGAUGACAAUAUUCCUGGCGAAGCCAUUGAGCAUUUUGAAGAGAGCUUCGUAAAAGUGGAAGAACGCAAGCCGAAAGAAAACGACGUGAAAACGCUUGCGCUUAAGAAGCCAAACACAAUGAGUAGUGCCUGCAGAAAACGUCGUGAUCCCAGACGACUAACCCUAACACGCUCGUCAACUAUAGAAAUUGAAGAACGCUUCCAAGCUCUCGAGCGUCGAAUGAGUGAAGAGAAGUUUGUGAACGAUAAACAAAGAACAAAUGGUGAUAGAAUAAUAGAUGAAGUAGGUGAUAAAAGCGAUAAAAGAAUACCAACAACAGCGGAGUUGGAGAAGAGAUUGAGCACACUUGAGAUGGAAAUAAAGAAAGAGCCGCCUGAGAAAAAAAGGUUUGAUGAUAGUAGCGUUUGUAGAGAUAGAUCUAAGCACGAAUCAACAGAAAUAAUAAAUCGACCAUUUACAGAGUCAAACCACAAAAUAGACACAAACACAAACUCCACUAAGAACAUCGUUUUAGAGAAUAUACAAAAAAAACAGCGUCACUCCGAUUUUAAAAAUGGCAUCAUGCCUGACGUUGUGCCCAUCGAAGAACGGCGGGAAGAAUUCAUACAAAAACCAAUGCGCAAUCACAUACCCUCAACUGUAGAACUCGAAAAUCGCUUCAACGCUCUGGAAAGACAAUUAAGCUCAAAUGGUUCUCCCAGCAAAGGUUCAAUGGACUUGCGGCGGGAUGAAAGAGCGGCUGGUGAAAAGGAGGCAGAAACUCCGCCUAAUACACCUACCGAAAAUAAUAAGCAACAAUUUGAGAAAGGGAAUAGCAAAGUACAGCGUAAAAACGAAAUUGAGUCCAAAGAAACUGAGCAGGAAGAAAGAGAAGAAACAGAAAAACCGCCUCUGAAGAAACUGCCAUCAACUGCCGAAUUGGAAGAUCGUUUCAAUGCACUCGAACGAAGAUUGAGCACGCAGAAAUCAAGUCCUCACAAAACAAAAAAAGAGCCACCCGACGAAUCAAAACGUGGGAAAGGUAGUACCCAAGAAGAACAAGUAGAAGAAAUAGAAAAGAGCAAACAUGAAGAAGCUAAACAUAAGAAAGAAAAGCAAGAACCUAAAAGUCAUCACGAGAAUAAGGUUACAGAAGUCGAAGAGGUUGUAAAAGAGAGUGAUUCAAAUGAACAAAAGCAAGAGAAGAACAGCGAACAGGAGGAGAGUAAACGUAAAAAAGAUGACUCAGAAUGUAAAGCAACUGCAGAAGCGGCUAAAGAAAGUGAAGAAUCUAAUAGUCAAGAGACAAGCACAGAGACUAAAGAAAAACGCCCUGAAGAACGUAAUGAUAGACCGCAGAAGAAAGCACAAGAUUUAGGGGAUGUAGUGAAAAAAGCAAAAAGUGAGGGCAAGAAGCAGGUCGAAGAAGUCAAAAAUGAAAAAAGUGCAGAGAACAGAGUUAACCACGCAAAUAAAACAAAACCAAAGGAAGAACGAGAAAGUGAAAAUCAGCUUAUCGAAAAUAAACAGAAGCAUGAGAUAGAAAAGAAUGGGAAAAAAUCGCCACCUAGUACAGAAGAACUAGAGAAACGCUUCAAAGCAUUAGAGAAGCAAAUGAGCAGCACCAGUCUGAAGAGCAGCAAAGAAACACCAAGCUCUGCAGACACAGAAAAAACUCAUGUAAAGUCAAGCAAAGAACCGAAAAGCUCUGCACAAACUGAAGAAGCAAUAGAGAAAACCGUACUAGCAGAAAAAAGCACGACGGAAAGACCGCCAGAGAAGAACGCGAUAAAGGCUAAGAAAGAAACAAAAUCAUCAGCAAAAAAAGAAAAAUCCAACAAAGAGAAUACCGAAGAACAGUGCAGCCCAACAGAAUCGCAAGAACCACAAGUCAAACCUGAAGCUGCAAAAGUGCGAAAAUAUUCACAAAACGAGCCGCAGAAUAGUACAAAAGCUAUAAAAAGCUUCGAAGAAAAAUGCAAACUGGUUAACACAGAAUCAUCAAGCCAAUCGAUUACCGAACCUGCUGAACAAUCAGAAAACCUAAAAACACCUGAGCCCAAGCACGUCGAAGCUUUUAAUGAAAAAUGUAAGGAAAUUAAUGCGGCCUUGGCGAAAAGCACAGAAAAAGCGCUACCAGAACCCGAGAAAACCGAAGCCAGUAGCGCUACAGCUGUAAACGCAAAACGUCGCGCCUCCGAACCACCUUCAACAGAAGACUUAGAGAAACGUUAUGAAUCGUUGAAACGUCGAAUGAGCACAAAAGCAGUGGCGGAGAAAGACCACAGUGUUAGGCGUGAAUCAGAGGCACUGGAGGAAGAAGAAGAGUCGCAGGAGAGAACAGAAGUAAGUGCCACCGCAAAAGCGACUAAAAGGAAAUCCUCAGAGCCGCCAAGCACAGAAGACUUGGAAAGUCGUUAUGAAGCGUUACAGCGACGAUCAAGCGAACAAUCGAAAGUGCAAAAUAUUGAAAAACACGAAAUAAGUGAAAAACGAACAGCAGUGAAGAACAAAGAAGAAACUAAAGGCGCAACCAAAGGCAGUAAAGAGACAAAAGCAACAAAAUCUCCAGAAAACCCAGUGCAAAAGUCUGAUAAUAAAGAAGACACGCCGCUAGAAGCGCCACCCCAAAUACCAGCGGCGCCACCAAUGCCUAUGAAGGAUACAGCCGAAGCGAGCUUCAACGACGAACAACACCGUGCACUAAUCGAAGAGUUCCAGAGCAAAAUUAAAGUGCAACCCAACGGUGAAAAUCUAAAACCUAGUGAAAUUAAUCCAAACCGACGUACGACACCCGAACGACAACGAACAACACCAUUCGAUGGAACCUCGGAAACACAUGCAAACACCGCUUUCUUUAGAUCGGAGAAUUACGAACCCUGGUACAAUCAAUCAUACAAAAUGGUUCGUCGUUUUUCCGAUUUACCAUCAAGAGCUGAUCUUGAAAAUCGUUUACAAUUUUUGGAAAGACAAUUAAUCAUGAAACUCUACAAGCAGCGCUGUGCAAGUGAUUCCGAAGUGGCAUCGAGGAAACAUUUCAUCGACGCGAAGAGUCGUUCCGCAGACGAUGAAGCGCCCACCACAUCUGCUCAUGCUCAACAAAAAGCGGCGGAAGAUUUGGAAAAGCGUGUUUUGGCAUUGGAAAAGCAAUACAGUGAGAACAGCUUGAAACUACUAGAGGCAGUACGUAUUAAAGAGCAGGAGGCAACCGCUGAGGCAGAAUCUCCACGACGUCUUAGCUCAGAGACUGUUGAUGCUACAGGUAAGGAGCUCGUGCGUUACGUGGGUGAACUCGAAGAGGAUGGCGCGAUGAAGCCCAUCAAUAUAAGUAUUAAUAUUAAAAUGUUACUUAAAAGAACGGACGAGGAGGCAGAGGCCAAAGCAAAAGAGAAGCUGCCAACAGCAGCGGAAUUAGAGAAACGUUUAGAAGCGCUUGAACAGCAACUGAAGAUAUCUAGAUCACGUCGUGAGAGUGGCAUGGAUAAAUCUCAAACCGAGAUGGUGCAAGAGUUGAAAAAAUCUGAGGAGAAAUUAGAUGGGAAAUCAAGUGAGCCCGUAACAAAAGACCUUGAGGAUGUGGAAGUGGAGCUCGUAACAGAAACACCAGAAACUAAAAAGGAUAUAAAAGAAGCAUUAAAUGAGGAAUGCAAAAGUGACACGAGAGAAAGUUCAAGCAAAAAUAAGGAGGAAAUCGGAAACGAGCAAAUAAGGGCGGAAGCUUUGAAAGCUGAGAAGACAUUAGAGAAUCAGCAAAUCGCGCGCUCAAAAAGAGAAAAUAUAGAAAUUAAGGAUAUUCGCGAGAAAAAAGAGGAAAGCCACACAGCGCCAAAAAGUGGUGAGGCAGUUGAUGAGAAACAACAACAAAACCAACCCAGAGAAGAAAUUUUGGACGAGAAGAGCGCCAAAGACGAUGUUAUUCAAACUGAGAGCGACUUACCGCCAAAACAACAGGAAAAAGAGCUCAAAGAGAUCACCAAAGCGAUCGACGACUCCACGGCACUAAAAUCCGAACCCAACAAAGAAAAGCAGGAUGGUAGUAAAGAGUCAAAAGAAGGCCUUGAUAGUAGCCAAGUCACUGAGAUAAUGGGCACACCCACUCAAACUGCCAUACAAGUAGGAACUUCUGAUCCCAAUAAAACACCGCUCGUAUUGCUACUCGACAACGAACCCAAGGCUGUUAAAGUACGACGACUGACACGAGCUAACACUGAAGAAUUGGAGAACCUCUUUCAGGCACUCGAGAAGCAGUUAAGUGAUCGCAAUCUCAUUAAAUCCGAAGACGGAAAACUAAUGCGGGCAACUGAGAAACCAGAUACCGAGCCAACGGAAGAAUCCAAAGCGCUAACAGAGCUCUCGAAAGAGAUAGAAGAAUUUACCAAAGCAGAUAAAAUGAAACCAGCAACAGAUAAGGAAACAAAAAAUAGAGAUACCGUGGAAAAAUCAAAAACUCCACCGCCACCUGAAGAUCACGAUUGGGGCGUAGACCCUAUUAAGCGCCACCUUAAACGUAAAACGGUACAUCUGCCGUCCACAAAGGAGCUGGAAGCACGCUUCCGAUCACUCGAACGACAAAUAAAACUACUCGAAGAUGUUGAAAAGAUCGAUGUGGAACAGCGUUUAAGUGAGAUUGAACGGAAAAUCAAACUGCAGUACUCGCUCUCACACGAGAAAGAUCUCACAAAGUUUCUGGAACUCUGCGAGGGUAAGAGCUUAGAUGAACUGCCUGAAGCUAUAACAGCAGCACGUGAUAAGUACGAUCCUGAAGUGAGUGCAGCGGCAAGAGCAUCAACACCAAAGCAAAACCGAACGCCCCACAACUCACCUUCUCGCGCUAAAGAAAUGACGCCAUACACAUCACCUUCACGUGCUAAAGAAAGGACGCCAUACACAUCACCCGCCCACACACCACGUGAGUCCCGAAGCCCCAAACGGCACACAUCACCCGGACGUGUAACGUAUGAGAAUGAUAGAGUAGCAAGUAGAAGCCCCAAAAGACAUGUUUCACCCGGUCAUGUACGUUAUGAGGAUCCAAACAUACCCACAACUGAGGAUCUCGAAUAUCGUUUCCACGCACUGGACUUUCCAAGAUCAAAAUCAAAGGAAUCACUCAGCGGCAAGUCACGAAAGAACACGGUCGACUCCAAGAAGAACCUUAUACAUCCACUUGAAAUGUUGCUCGAUCCCAGCCCAGAUGAGGAUGCUAUACCUUCUACAGGCGAACUUGAACACCGUAUACGCGUGCUGGAUGAUAAACGAAAAGCAGCUUCACCCUCGCGUCGUCCACGUUCACGUUCACCCACUAUUGAAGAUAUAAAGAACCGGAAAUUGGCCAAAGAGCAGCAACCAAAAACACCCAUACACAAUCUGGAAACACUUGUCGCUUCACCAACCAAAAAGGAACUACCCACGGCUGAGGAAUUGGAAGCACGCAUGCGCGCAUUGGAGGAGGAACACUGUUUCGACUUCAAGAUGCAAAAAAGUUAUCAAGAAUUCAAUCAAAAGCUAAAAGAUGCUGUCUCACCGUCACUUUCAUUCGAAGAGUUGAAAACAACGAAAUCACGCGAGCAGAGCCCCAGACGUGGCGAAGCUAAUCGUUCCAUUACACCAAAAUCUGCACUACGUGAACAGCACGCGAGCAGCAUUGACGAAGCUCAAUACCGAUCAACCAGUCCUAAGGCUAUACGCUUCCGUGAUGAAGAAGAUGAUUACGUACCAAGUAUGACGCAUAGGCCCAAAUCGCGCACAGACUUCCGCGACAACGUCGGACGAACGGUGGGCAAUGAAAAUUAUGAUGCUUUAGGAAUAAUUGAAGAAAAUUCUAAAUACCUUCAACGUAUUCUUAAGCAGACUCUUACAGAUUCCUGCAGCAGCAUAGUAAGUGCUCUCGGUGCAAAUUCAAUGCACACGACGGAAGGACUUGACGAGUUCGGUAGUCGGUUGAUGAGAGAGACUUCACCUUUACAACGCACUGGUAGUCACACCGGCGUACCGCUGCGUACCAAUGACAAUAUCAACGAACGCUUGGAUUCGAUUAAAAACACCAUCAAGUCCAUCGACAGUUUGUGUGAAGAGAAACCGUAUCGGAAAGAACGUUGUCAACGCUACAUCGACUCGUUAUUUUCCGACUCCAUACACUUUGCCAGUAAGAAGACCUCUCUAGAGGAUCUCUCCCGUUCAGACAGUCGUAUACGUGAAUAUACGCCAGCCAUACGAGUCUCAGAUCACAGCCAACGAUACUCAGAUCACUUAUACGGCCGCAGUAUGGGCUCCGCGGACUCCAUUCGUUCGACCAGUCCGCUGCGCGCUGCCAGUCCAUUGCAUCAUCGUUCCAAUCGGGAUUUGCGACGAGAAAUUUCACCACGCCGACGACGUGAAGAAGAACGUGAAGAGUACCAGAGUAGGUUUCAUAAAGUAGAUAGACAACUAGACACAUACACAUAUGAUGAUGAUGAAAGAGACAGAUCAUAUUCACGAUCGGCCUCCAGAUCGCCGUUGAGAUCGCCGUAUGGAUCGAGGGAGACGACAAGGAUGACAGAAAGGAUGCUACACGACAACACCAAUACACAACGAAUACACACCAACAACAACAACAGCCAGGAUGACCGUUACAACAAUAUAAAAACAACAACAAAUAAAAGUUUUGAAUUGGAUUUGGACAGAACGCACGCGUACACAACACCACAUUACACAACAACGGACACUCUGUUAGGUUGCGAUCCGUUGCGACGCUCCAAUACGCCCGUCUAUGCGCCCGGUCGGUUGGAUAUACGACACACCACAGUCACAUCGACAUUCUACGAUCGUUUAUUGGCGGAGAAGGAGAUUGAGCGGAAAUUUUCACAACCUCCCAGUCGUUCACCAAUCGUUUCGCCAUCGGUAACGUCCAAGAGUUAUGUGGAUUUAUCGAGUGCGUGCGCCACAUCGGUCUCCUAUGUUGAUAAGUCACCAACAACAGGUUUGUCACGGCGAGUGGGUUUCCACAAUGCAGAUAGCACGAAACAAUAUAGGAAUUCAAUGUAUGGCAGUUAUCCGAGUACCGCCUACAACGAAAUCAGCCCAACUCAGCCCAGAAAAAAUGACGGUAUCUCGACUGCAACCGUUACAACUACAAAUCAGUUCCUCAACUCCUUCAAACUCUACACACAUACCGACACCAACAACACCUCCACCACAAUCAACAACUAUACAACCGCCACACUUAACUCGGCCCACAUGCCCACAGCUGGGUUAGGGCAUAUGAGCAACAAUAUUACAACAACAACCACAACAACAACAACAACAACAACAACAACAACUGCAAUAAUAUCAAAUAUGACCGGGACCUCGACAGCGACAUCGACGACAAGAACAACAUACAGUCUAAUUGGCUUAAAUGAUAAUGACACUGCAACAACAGCAACUACAGGUACAACAACCAACCGAUCCAUCUUUACAGUCAUAAACACUCCUACAAUAACAACAAUAACAGCGACAGCAACAAACUUGAACAUCAGCAACAGUUUUACAGACAAAUUAGCAAGAACAACAACAACAAUAGCUGGUAGCGGUACAUUUAGUACCAAUAACAUGACAAUGACAGCAACAACAACAACCACAGGCACAUACAAUUUAUAUAAUCUGACAACAUCCAAAUUAACAACAACAACAACAACAACCACAACAUUCGGCAGUGACCCCACCAACAAAUUCAUCACCAAUAAUUCGACUCCAUUUUUGUCCUACGCUACAACAACUAUAACAACCAGUGACGGUUUGGCCGGCAUCCAUGGCGUCCACUACACUAGCAAUACACCAUUGAGUAGUCUGGCUUUAACUAUGCGACAACCUUCUAAUUUAACAGCAACAACAACAACAACAACAACAACGGCAUAUGCCUCCUCUCUGGGUCUAUACACUACUAGUAAUUUAAAUAGCUACAACAAUAACAACAUAAGUAGCAAAAAUUAAAAUUACCCAACAACAA